UGGGUGUAUGUGCUGACUAAAAGGUCUAUCAGAUUUCACAUUCUUAUGGGAUGUUUUGCAUCACCAGAGAAAACUUUCCAGUAUUGAUUGCGUCUCCUGUUCCUGCCCUUCUUGACCCAGAUGUCUUAUCAUAUCCAGGUGACAUUCAUUAACUGGAUCCUUUGUCACGAAUUUUAUGCCAUUUCCUCAUGUUGUGGGUGUUGUGUCUGAGAAUGGCUUAUGCAGCAUUGAGAAAGGUUCCCAAACCUGGCCCAUCAUCAGAAUCUCCCCAAAUAUACUAACUGAAUCCAGAUUUCUCUCCAGGUAAUUCUGAUUUUCAACCAGGCCUGUCAACCGAUGAGAUAAGGGAUAGGAAAAUGGGAAAAAUUGUAGUGACCUGAUUCCAUACCUGAAGUAAAUGGCUCCAAACCUCAACUGACAAAGUCAGCUAUAACCCAUUGUAAGAGCCAGUAAAUCCUGUGGAAAAUGGUCUUCAGUGAUCUUACAUCAAGAACCGUGCGUCUUUAUGAUAAUUGGAUCAAAGAUGCUGAUCCAAGAGUUGAAGACUGGUUCCUCAUGUCCUCACCUCUGCCACAAACGAUCAUCCUGGGACUCUAUGUCUAUUUUGUCACUUCUCUAGGACCAAAGCUCAUGGAGAAUCGAAAGCCUUUUGAACUCAAGAAAGCGAUGAUAACAUACAAUUUUUCCAUAGUUCUUUUUUCUGUGUAUAUGUGUUAUGAGUUUGUGAUGUCUGGCUGGGGUACAGGUUAUUCAUUUCGAUGCGAAAUUGUUGACUACUCACGGUCACCUUCAGCAUUGAGGAUGGCACGCACCUGCUGGCUUUAUUACUUCUCCAAAUUUAUUGAGCUAUUAGAUACUAUCUUUUUUGUUCUGCGUAAGAAAAAUAGCCAAGUGAGUUUCCUGCAUGUCUUCCAUCAUACCAUCAUGCCAUGGACCUGGUGGUUUGGAGUCAAAUUUGCCGCAGGUGGUUUGGGAACAUUCCAUGCCCUUCUAAAUACAGCUGUACAUGUAGUCAUGUAUUCCUACUAUGGGCUAUCUGCAAUGGGACCAACCUUCCAGAAGUAUCUGUGGUGGAAAAAAUAUUUGACAUUAUUACAGCUUGCCCAGUUCAUUAUUGUCACCAUCCACAUAGGCCAGUUCUUUUUCAUGGAAGAUUGCAAGUACCAGUUUCCAGUCUUUCUGUACAUCAUUAUGAGUUAUGGGUGCAUCUUUCUGCUGCUCUUUCUCCACUUUUGGUACCGUGCUUACACCAAAGGCCAGAGGCUGCCCAAAACUUUGAAAAAUGGAAUCUGCAAAAACAAAGAUCACUGAAAUGCAAGCACGACAUGAAUCUAUGAAUGAGACUGGUAUCUUACUUUCUUUGACAAUCAAGAGCUAUUUCCAUGUGAAGUGCAUUUUGUAUAUUUUUCAAAACUAAGAGCUUGUAUUUUUAUGAUAAGUUAUUGGAGCUUCUGAUAUUUGAGAGCCCAAAGAUCCCAGAUAACAGAGUCUAAUUAGAGCCUAAAGCAGGAAGUUUUUCAGCUGCUUUUAAACCUAUAAAGGUUUUAUUUAAUACAUUUUGUUAUAGUGAAAGGAGAAUAUGAAACAGUAGAGUACUUUUCAAAGAAGUCCAGUAUAGAUGAAAAAAUAUCAUGAGAUAUUUUGACCGUGGACAGAGAUCCAUGCCCUACUAUAGAUUCCUUCUGCCAGCUCUGAAAACCUCGAACUGAGGGUUUUGGCUUUGUUGCUUGUUGAUUAUAUUCAGAAGACACUAUAUUUAUUCUAAAGUUAAAUGCCCAUUCUAAAGAGCUAACACUGGUGAACAUUAAGUGAAUUUUUGAUAAGUUGUCAUUUAACAUCACUAACAAAAAUUUUUAAUGGAUCUCUUGUGUAGCCACUACCAGCUUUACUGAUAAGACUUCCCUACAACAUUUUUGUUGUAUAUACUGUUUAAAAGUAACAAUUCUUUUGGUUAGUACAUUCAUGCACUUGACACUAAGUUUAAGUUAAUAUUUUGAAAACAAGAUGAUUUGUUCUGUGGCUUAACAAGCACUGUGCUAUUACUAUUUUGCAGUUAACUUUGUAUAUUUCUGGAAAGAGGUGAAAUUUGUCAAUGGAAAAAGUACUCUGUAGUUCAGUGGGAAAAAUCUCUUGUCUGUUGUAUUAUAAUGUCACUUUCUCAUAUUGUUGUGGCUUAAAGGAUUAUCUUGUUAAAUAUGUAUUGGUUAGAUAUAUAAAUGUUCAUGCAAGUACCCUUAAAUCAUAAGUGAUUUCAGACCUCCCAUUAUACACAGUUUCCGGAGAUGGCUUAGAGUCAUUUGUGAAGCAACUGGAGGAAAAUGAUGGCACAGAAAUUAUCCAGAGACUGUUGGGUUUUGUAGGGGUCUCUUAAUAAAGAGAGAAAGAGAGAGCCUAUUUAACAGUUGUUAUAGAUACACUGCAUGGAAAGACAUUUCCCAGAAUUAUGAAUGAAUGAAUGAAUGAAUAGCCUGGAUUUCUUUUUUUCAAAACUAUAAACUAUAUAAUGAAGACCUGAAAUUCAUUUUGCCUACUUUUGUUUUUUCACAAUUACUGCUUUCUAAAAUUCUCUUGUUCUCACAUUUUCUUGUUGGCAAACCAAAGCUACUGGUCAAUAGAGUUUUGUCCCAGAAACAAUGAUAUUUGGACAUUUCUGAAUUUUUCCCUAUUGCUUUUCUUUCUUGCUAUAUUUAUACUUGAUUUUGAAGGACUGCUUAUGCUUAUGACUUUAAACAAUCAGUACUUAUGGGUCUCAGUUAUGUAACACACAGUGAUAGCAUCGUCCAUCAGAGCCUGAGUUUUUCCUCACUGUAAACCCCUGUAGUUCGAUGUGUCACCCCAGGCAUUUAAUCUAUACCAUGGCCUUUUCUCUCACACUUACCAGAUUUAUAAUGUUACUUGCCUUUAAGUGACUUUUACUGAUUUCACUUGCUUACCAUAUGAGAAGACAAGAUUUGAUAAAUGGGGGAAAUACCUUAUUUUUCUCAAGUAAAAAAAAAAAAAAGCAGAAAGCAGAGCUAAAAGAACAGCAGUUAUAAUGUAUUUCUCGGAGGGCCUCAGUGUUCCCAAACUGUUUUCCUGUUUUGGCUCUUCACAUCCAACCUGCACUAAAAUGAGACAGUGGAGUUUGUGCUGUUACACACAAAAUUCCUGAAGACCCAAGAAGGGUAAAGACCAGAAAGAAGCACAAAGAGAAGAAGAUGAAACAGGAGAGUUUGGUUUUUGCAAUACUUUCUGUCUUGCAUUGUACAACCUCUCCUAACCUCACUGUAGGCUUUAAAAUGUCUGACUUGCCUAUGAACUCACAGUAGCGCGUGAUGGAACUAUGCUCUAAAUUAUGUGAAUAGAAGUGGAGAGCUGGAAUGUUACAUGAAAAGAAAUCACAGCUAACAAAAGCAUCCUCCGUGUAAACAUCAUUAGAUCAAAAUGCAUAUCAUUGGAUGUAGGAUAUGCAUGGACAGUAUUUUAUUAAAGGGCUCUGUGGGUCACAUAGAGUUUCUAUUGGGGUUUCAUCCACUUUUCAGGACUUUAUUGCCUUUGGGUCUGCUUACCUAACAAAUAAAGAGACCAGUUAUAAAAUCUGGUUUACGACAUGAAGUUCUAUGAAUCCUUGAAAACCAAUGUCUACUGUAAAAUACAAAUACAAAAUUUUAAGUCUCUAUGGGGCAUUGCCAGUUUACCGUCUUAGUUGAGUUGAAUUCUUAAUUGAGUGGACUACAUUGUUACCUAAAUUAUAAAAUUAUGAGUUUAUGUUUCCUCAAUUAUCUUAUUUCUGUUAAAUUUUUAAAGACUAUGGAAACCUGUGAAUAUUGUCAAAGUUGUGUGUGUGUGUGUGUGUGUGUGUAUUAUAAUAAAUUUGUGGUAGUGUG